AUGGGUGGGAUGAUUUAUGAAGGAAAAGGAACGAAUAUGGAGUAUGAAGAAGUGUUUGAUAGUCUAGUGAAGGACUUAGAAGAAGAUGUUCUAUCCCUACAGCUCACGAAUUUCAAUGACGUAAAUCACACACAUGAAACCAAUGGAAAGUGCUCUAUGAGUGUGAGAGACUUGGAUGAGUGCACAGAGAAUAUUCAGGUAAAAAACAUCGAGUACAACAGCCAGAAAUAUAUUUUCAUGAGGUCGAUCAAUGAUGAUGCACAACCCUCGCUAAUAUUCAUCAGCGUGGAUGGGGAUGAAAGGGGGCGCAAAAGAGGGAUGCUAGUAACGUCUUUCUGUGGGAUUCUCAAGUUGAUCGCUACCUUUGAUUACCAGGCAGCCAACAAUGUUACAGCCAAGAUCUUUAAAGUUCUUGGGGAGUACUCUUGUGAAGAAGAGGAGUAG